AUGAAUGGAAUGGAUUAUAGUGUUUCAGACAUUAUCGAUAGCAUGAAAAACUUAAAUAUUAAUACCGAUUCUGAGGAGAAAAUCGAUGACAUAAACAAAAACAUCGAUAAUAAUCAUAUUUUAAGCCAAAAUGAUGAUACUACUUUACCAAAUUUAAAAAAGAGUUUUGAUAACGAAUUCAUUUAUAAAUUAAAAAAUGAUAUUUGCCAUUUACAAUUAGAAUUAAAUGAAAAAACUUGUAAAGUUGAAAUAUUACAAAAUCGAUUGAAUACCUUGGAAAUUAACCAAAAAAUGCAGCAGUUAAGUGAUGAUAGUUACAAGAAUAAAAAUCAACGUGUUACAAGUUUCCCUUUAAAAGCUCCUAGAUUUUCAUUUGAUGACUUUAUCUUAGGUAAUGAUAAUAACAACAAUUUUGGUAGCGGUAUUAAGAAUAAUGCUGAUUUUGAAUCAAUAUCAAUUUUUUCUACGACAUCUUCAAAUAACGAAAAAAGUAAUAAUACCAGUUCCAAAACAGAUGUUACAUCAAAAUCAAAUAUGUCUUAUUUUGCUUACAAACAAGCAAAUAAUUUUAUGUACAAUUUUAUUUUUCCAUAUAUCCAAUCGAAUAUCAUUAUUUUGCAAAACAGUAGUAUAUUUAAAGACGAGUGUAAGAUACUCUUAGAAAAGCUUAAUAGCAUUAUUUGUCCCGAUGAACAUAAUGAUGGGCAUGAAUCAUUAAUUUCUACCAGCAGUAAUACUAACUAUAAAUUUACGGACCUAGUGGAUGUUUUAGAGGAUUUGACCAUUAUGCAGAGGAGAAAUGUGACAAUAUUAAAUCAUCAAAUGAAUAUCAAUUCCCAAAUUAAAGCUAUUGAUGAAACAGUUAUGGAAUAUUUGAAAGGUUGUAAUGAUGAAUUUUCUCGAAAAUUUUGCUUGGAUUUAAAGGAUAAGUUAAUACUUAACAUAACAACCAAUCUUAAGAACACUACUGAAACCAUAGAAAAGAGGAUUCACAAAACUAUCCGCAAAAUCAACAAAAAAAGUAAAAAAAAUAAUAAUUUUGACCAUAACAUGUGUGAGCCAGGUGAAAAAGAAACAGAGAAUGGCAUUGGUGUGUUAAGUAAAAUUGUAAACAAACAUAAAACCGCAACUUAUACGCCAAAAAGAUCUGUCUCAAUGAAAAAUAAUAAAAAGAACUUAGAAUUUACACCUAUUGGUCAUUAUAAAGAGAGUUUAUUGGAAGAAACAAGUUGUAAUAUACAAAGUUGUGAAACCUACAAAAAUAGAAAAGGUUCUAAUGAAAAUGCUGAAAUUCUGACGCCAACUCGCACUGAAAAGGCUAUAUUAUUAUAUGAAGAUGAAAAUAUCAAUAGUAAAAAAACAAUUGCUCAAAAGCAUAAUCGAAAAUCCGUCUAUGAAGAAGAAGAAGAAGAUGAUGAUGAUGAUGAUGAUGAUGAUGAUGAUGGUGAGGCGGACAAUAGACAAUUAUGCUCGUUUUUUGAAGAGUUGUCUAAAGACUAUCCAUUUUCAACAACAGCCACACAUUAA